AUGGACGAUGGUAUCACAUCACAUUAUAACCAUCCUUACCACUAUGAAACUAAAGUUGUAGAGUUCCAGGUUGUGUCGAUAGACACAGAAGAAAUGCUAGGCGAAUUACUUCAUAAAAUAGCGAAAGAAAAGGGGUAUAAAGAUUACAAAUUAGAUAUAAAGCAGACUUCAUCCGAGGGAGCAAACUUUUCGAGUGCCCUUUUCACCGUUACUAUAUCAGGAAAAGGAAUGAAUGAUAUUAAUAUCUUCGCAAAAGUCGCGAAUUUAGGCGAGAAGGUUAGAGAGAAAACACCUCUUGAUAUAUUCAAAAAUGAAAUACUAUUUUAUACGGAUGUUAUCAAGAUAUACAAACAAAUAGAGGAAAAACAUAAUGUUCCCAUUGAACACAGGCUUCUGACACCAGAAAUUUACGGCAUCAACUCUGAAUACUUCAAGGAAAUUAUUUGUAUUCUCUAA